AUGCAGGAUCAGUGGAAGAUCGAUGUGGAGUCGGAGGACCAAAGGUCGCGCCGCGACAUGACGGAAAAGUCGAUCGCCCGCUACGUGAAAGGCGAAAUGGAGCGUCAAGUGACUUCUUCCUCUACGUCGAACUCCGUCUUUGUGUCUGACUGCACGUGGAUCAUGGGCGCGUCGGUUGCUCAGCCGUCCUAUCUCUGCUGCGGACUGAGCAAUGGGAGUGUGUGCCUCCUGAACACGUCAAAUCUCUCCAAGAUUUACCUCUUCGAGGUCGAUCGUGAUUCUCGUAGAUCGAGGCGAGACAGUGGUCAUGGAGCCCAAGGUCAGGGAUCUGGGCGUGUGUCUUUUGCUUCUCAGCAACUCGUCGCGGUGGCAACGCACAUCGUUUCUGCCGGUGCCAAUCUAGCCGCUGUGCAGGCACUGUUGUGUGUGACCCUCGACAACGUCGUGUGCGUGUGUCCAAUGGAUAUGUCGACUGUGUUGGAGCGAAAAAAAGUGUCGCGCAGCGAUAUGGCCAAGGUGAAGCCAUUCCCGGCGGUGGCAGCCGGCGCGGUGCUACACUCCUCUAUCCACUUCAAUUCCAAAGGCAACAACAUAUUGGCACUGCUCUGCAUUGAGCAGAAGUCUUCUGCCGCCCCAGGUGCGUCGUCAAUUCGCUACUGCGUGGCCGUUCUCUCAUCACCGGAUGCGACGGUGAAACUGCAGAGUAAGUACACGAGCGAGGAGGAUUGGCAUACUCUCGCUCCUCCGUCUGCCGGUGGAGACUCGUGCUCCUCUGCCCCAGUGGAGCUGUGCUACUGCGGGUGGUGGUCGGUGGACACAUUCGUGUGCGUUUGGUCGAACAGUGAAGUCCAGUUCUUGAACGCGGCUGGUAUGGGGGUGAUUGGUGGAUGUCGACUACUCAACCACUGUGCCUCAGAUGCGGUGACGAACGCCACAGUGGCCCGAUCAGGAGCUGGGGAGGUGUCUGAUAGCGCUGCCUCUGGCCUUGUCUCCGUUGUGUUUGACCACAACAUCGCCGCGUCCUUUUACGUCACGACGCGACACAACGCCAACACUAAUGCGCAGGAGCUGAAGCGCCAUCGCAGUGAGGCGCUCCUCACCGUGGCGCUAAUCCCCACGAUGCAGACCUACUGUACAGAGGACAUCCCCAUCCGAGAACUUCACCUCGUUCGAUCGUUUUCAUGGACUGUCGUGCUGCUGUUGGAGAGUGGUGCGCUUGUCUUCCUAGAUGCGGGAACGAUGCGACUCUCCGUUCAUCGUGCCCUGAAUCGCAUGCGGACCCCGGAUGCUGGCCGUUAUCACGCAGGCCCUUUGAUGGUCGCCCCGCGGGACUUCUUCUGUGUGGUGAGUGGUAAGCCGUUUUCAGCCGCCGUCGUGGAGCACAACACGGCGUUUUUGCUGAGGUCUCAGUGA